AUGUCAAGCAAACAAACCUUGGAGACAUUGCAUCGACGGUUACGGGAGUGCCAGUGUGGCGAAGUUAGCCUGGAACUGUUGCACGAGAAACCAGCGACCUGGAUUGGCCACCAUCGAGACGACAUCGCUGCCAUUUGCGCCGCAUAUUCCGAGUGUUACCCUAUUCUGAAGGACGAAGGAAUAUCCGAAAUGUUGUUUCCCCGAACGUUCAUUCUGGCGGCAGUCGUCCUGGGAAGUUCCGAGGAAAACACCAGGUCGGUUGCUUCGCGCCUCAAAGUUUCCUCUUUCGCUCAUCGACGAUCCUAUUUGGUCUUCAGUGCUCUCAGGGAAAUCCUCGAUGCAGGACGUGGCCUGGAUCGAGUGGCCCGCUUGGCCGCGUACAGGACACCCAAGGAUGGGUUGCGACGUAUUCUACUGUCAGAAACGGCUCCUACGCCUGGAUUCAUCCCGCGAAAUGUCGUAGACGCAAAUUUCCAAGCACCGCGUACGUCCCUACGCCCUAUGGUCAACGAGCUCUUGCUCUUGGAAACGGCACAUAUCGCCGCCUUGGUCGUGGAUUGCAUUGAACAGGGGCCUGGGCAAGACACAUUGUUCUUGAAAAAGGAUCCGGAAGUGGACCAAAAUCUCAUAGAUCUAUUCCAAGGGCUUCUUGAUUACCCUGCCCUCAAGAGUAUCCACCCCAUGAUUUUGCGUGCCCUCAUCCACCUCGUGAAGGAAGCUGCACUAUUCCCCCGCUGCCUCGUCCAUCAGGAUGUCAACAUCCCAGGCCAGCGCUGUACCGCAAUUGGCUCGUUUGGAGAUGUUUGGAAGGGGGACCUUCGUGGACAGGCAGUCGCAGUCAAGGUCAUGCGACAACAUGUAACGGGUAUACCGGUGGAUUCGAUCAUCAGAGGAUAUGGUCGGGAGGCCAUCCUGUGGAGCCAGCUUCAUCAUCCCAAUGUCCUGCCAUUUUACGGCAUUUACCUCUGGCCAAGCGAAGACUCCGGCCCGACUUGGGUUUGCUUACUUUCUCCUUGGAUGGCAAAUGGAAACCUUUCCCAGUACCUUGAGGCCAGGCCCGCUUUGGAUCGCAUGCCCCUGGUUCGAGACAUUGCUCGUGGGUUGAACUACCUACAUUCCUUGGACCCCUCCUUCAUCCAUGGCGAUAUUAAAUCUAAUAAUAUUCUCGUGACCCCCUCUGGGACUGCGUGCUUGGCAGACUUCGGACUAGGCCGUCUCGCACCGGAUGCCCGCCUGGGCUGGCGUUCAUCGACUGUUGCAACGGGAGGGCCGUAUCUCUUUUCGGCCCCGGAAUUGCUUGUCGAGGAUGUGCAACCUGCCAAAGGACCAGGUUCUCACGAGGUGACACCAGCGAAAAAGAAGUCAACCCAGACGGACGUCUACGCAUUUGCCUGUGUUGUUUACGAGAUGUACACGGGCACACCUAGAUUUGUAAACCUUGCGUUGGCUGAAGCCUACCGAGCAAUCAUUUCGAAUGAGCCUUGCGAGCGACCUGCUGCGAUGCCAGAACCACUAUGGGCUUGGAUUAAUCGGGCAUGGGACCUCAACCCCGACCGAAGACCAGCGAUGUCUGAAUUCAUCCAAGAGUUCGAUACUGGGCCACCAUCGAUACAGUACAAGUGGGACUCCAAGCCCGUCUCGAACCUGCGAUCCACGACAUUUUUGGCGGUGCCUCCUACUCCGAUUCGCAUUCAGCCACCCAGGUUGGGGACAAGUGCGUCCUCACUCAGUGCGAGCACCAUAACUAGUUCGGGUGCCUCUUCUACGACCCUCGAGGUACCGCAAUGCGAUAGUCCGGUUGAAGACUAUGAAGUUGUCAAUGGCUUUGACGACCCUCCGCCAGAGAAGUCCGCCCCAAGGCCCGAGAAGCCUCUCCCAAGACGUCCGGCCAGAGUGCCCAGGUCACAGGCGUCGUCAUUCCUGGAGGAUGACAUUAUAAUUGCGUUAAUGGGCCCGACCGGUAGUGGGAAAAGCACAUUCAUUAAUUGCGCGUUGAACGACUAUGUUGCGCCCGUCUCGCACACGAUAACAUCCUGUACGAAGGAAGUUGGAGUGUACGGGUGCUUCCAUCCGAACCAGCCGGGUCGGCGAGUGUUCCUCGUCGACACUCCAGGGUUCGAAAGUACAGCCAUGCACGAUCGCCAAACUUUGGAGUUGAUCGCUAAAUGGCUAAAGGAAACGUAUCAAACGCACGUUGUGCUCACAGGGGUUUUGCAAUUCCACUCGAUCGCUGAUGCCAGGGUUGGAGGCACAAAAAGAGACAACUUAGAUGUCUUCCGAGCGAUGUGUGGCCAGGAUGCGCUCAAGAACGUUGUCUACGUCUCGACAGGUUGGGAGGACUUGGAUGAAGAAGAGCAAGGUGAACGAAGGCAGCAUCAGCUUGUCAAUGAUUACCUUGCAGAACCUCUGCAGCAUGGGUGUCGCUACCAGCCUUUCCUCCAGCGAGACUUCGACGCGGCUUGGGCUAUCAUCGACCUUUUCCAAGAGAAAAGAAGGGCGCUGAAAAUACAGGAAGAGAUGGUGAAAUACAGAUGGCGUCUAACGCAAACAUCUGCCUAUAAAGCUCUAUCUCGCAAAUUUAUUAAGGUGUUUAAAUUCAAACGAGGUAGUACCAUGAACUGAUGCGUGUAUGUCAUAUCAAUAUAAAAGUCUAUGC